AUGGGUGCUGUUGUAUCUUGUAUCCAAAGCGUCUUCCACGCCAUCGGUGCCUGUCUCAUGGGCAUCGUCAAUACCAUCGGCUCGGUCUGCAAAGCGAUCAUCGACGGCAUCGUCACCCUCUUCGAUGUGAUCAUCUCCUGCCUGACCUGCGGCUACUGUGGACGGAGGAGGAGAGGAACAACACGGACACGGCGGUCCAGAAUCUAA